ACGUGAGCCCAACGCGAUCUCAACGUUGUCGCAGGCUUCAGUGACACGCGAGUCCAGCUAGGUACAGGCAGAAAACCAUUCUUGUCUCUCGUCACCAUGGCAGACGACGUCCUUGGGACCCUGGACGCUCUUCCUCCCACUCACUCGUCACCAUCUAUGCCUUCUGAGGACGAGGAUGCCGUCAAUACUGAAUCUGCACGGGUCUACUUUGGUCCUGUCACCUCUCCCGAGAAGAAAUUCGUUCGAAAACAUGAUCGAGAACGACGCACACCCAUCAGGAGAUCUAAGAGACUUUCUACGGCCCCUUUACUCCUUCAGCGCGCUAACCUCCAGGAUUUGCAACCUUCAGAUGGUACCGCUGAAGACGGUACUUCUGAUCAAUCCGAAACUGAAACUCCAGGGCCAGAUGCAUUUGAGGAACCAUCCUCAGUUUUGGCUAGCAAGAUUCUCAGGGCAUCAGUCAACCCCUCACCUCCACCUCGUUCUCCCUCCCCCGCAUUUGCUGCCGAUGCUGUAGAAACAAACGAGAAUGAAGACCCUCUCGCUCAAGACGAAUCUAUCUCCCCACUGUUGAGGAGUCGGCAGCUUGAUCGUGAAUCUUCGUCACCUGUGCAUAGUGUGGGCGUAGAGCCACUCAUACCUCGUCCAUCAAGUCCACUUCCAGAGGAGCAGGUUGUAGACUCCAAGGGCGUCGAUCACGACCUAAUUAUGUUUGAUACGUCUGACAUCGCAGAUAUUCCACAAGUUGCAGUCUUCCCGCACACACCACCAAGUGUCAAGGAACACCAGUGUCAGGCUGGCGCAACAACAGUGGAUGACCUUCUAUUCUCCUCUCCACUACGUCCUUCGCCUUUCUCCCUUGUGCCCUCACAGAAUCCAGAACGACUUCAGAUUCCAGACACACGGUCAGAUGUCAUACACGAGGAAAUGUCAUCAUCCUUGGACGAGGAGGAGCAAGUCUUUCGAGCUCUUGUAACAGGACAACAAAGUGCUGCACCGUCACCUCUAUCUGAUCCGUCGGAAACAUCAACUGCUGCUCCAGGGCCAUCCUUAACACCGCUCAUACAGAUUGAGGGUUCUCCUGCUCGAGAAUCGAAAUCUCAAGUUGGUAACCCCGAAGCUUUGACACCGUUGCGACGAUCUUCUCGGCCAAGACGUAGUCACUCUCCGCUUGUCUUACCUCUCACCUUCAACUCCCCGGCCAAGUCUGCUGAGAACAAUGCUAACGAUAGUGCACCGAUAGUUGUAGGGCCUGCUCGUAGGAAAAGUACGAAGGGCAAAGAGAGAGAGGUUCUAGUUGAAGAUGAUGGUCCUGAAGAUGUGACUCCGGGCGCACCAUCUGCACAAAUCAGGCGCGACACCCCACCGGCAGAAGGACAUUCAUCCCCACGACGUCCCCAGCGGCGAAGUAGUAGUGUACAUGUCCGACUUAAUUCGCUAUCGCCUACGUCCUCUGGCGUCCUGACUCAACUGCUUCCCACUGUUUCCGAAGCCAACAAAACUGAUGCAGAUGUACCAGGGCAGCCCACAACCGAUUUUCCUACUCUACAGACCGCACCUGAUGUUCCUAACGCCACAAGUAAUGAUCUCACGACUUCAGACACGUUCUUCCCAUCUCCUUCCAAGCCUAUUGACCCUGCGCCAACACCUGCUCGUCGAAUACCUAUCGCUCAAGCACUCAGACAAGGAACUAUUUCUCCGAAAAAGCCACCGUUACUGCUCCCACCAGCAAGCUUUAGUUCUGAUGUGCUGGCAUCUCCCGCUUUUCGCCGCGUUCCUCUUGAUGACCCCAAUCGCAGUCCAGCCAAACGUGUUCCAAUUUCAGACGCACUAGCUUCCGCAUCUAAGGACACACCUGGGAAACCUCAAAGUGUCAGUCAACUCGCUACUCCAAGUAGAUCGAUUGUCUUCAGAAGUAGGUCUGAAGAACCACAACCUCUGGUAGGCCGGAAAUACGAACGAAGCACAUCUCUAGAGCCAACUAGAAUCGCAUUCCCCGCACUGAAUGUUAGCAAGGACGGUUUGUUCAGAAAGCUACCUGAAGUUUCUUCUGUCCAGCGGAAUAGAACAUUACCAUACCCCAUUCCCCGCACACCUUCAUGUAUACCUACAUCAAUACCGGAAGGCGACGAGAGUCAAGAUGAACCUCGAGCGUCGGCCGCCCCAAUACCCUCUAGCACGUCGAAGAUCGGUCUUUCCAAACCUACUUCUGCCCUGCGACAGCCGUCUUCUAGAGCAGAAAGCAAGAUUCCACGAAUUGGAGCUAAGCCGUAUAAUAGACAAACACCUAAGCCUUUUACAACGAAGACGACGCCAAAGGAGACGAAACUCCAUAUUCAGCCAGUACCUCCGAAACCCGCAGAUUCGACUGCAGCUCCUGCGCGACAUGAACAAUUGAUCCGUAUGCGAAAAGCCACCGGAAAGCCUACUGCUAGUGGGAGUAGCUCAGAUGACCAGAACAGUGCGAGUACGGCUGGUCCAGGACCUAGCACUAUCGCAAAUCGCGCUGCAAGCGGAGCUAUAGCCUCACAUCCUGAAGUGCUCAAUUUGAAGCGGAAACGGGAUGAACCCACAGGACGGGCUUCUCCACCUGGAGUUAAGCCCAUAGUAGUCGUGCGGCGCGUUCACUCGACUACUGGCGCGACGCAGAAGGUUCCCAUUAUGGCAUCUCCUACUCGCAGCCCUUUGAAAUUGAGGAGUCCUGUUAAAGCGCCUUCAGUGGUACAAGGAAAGAUCAAGAUGCGCAGAGCCGUUGGUGCGAAAAGACCCAAAGCCGUCACUCCUUCCCCUAGUCGUUUGGACAAAGAAAAGAGUUCACCUUCGCCCCCAGUUAUUGAUGUUGACUCGCCCGGACCACAACCUGUGUUAGGACCCAUCACUGACCAACAACCACUCAUUGUUCCACCCGUCAAAUUGAUAGAAGAUACGACUGACAACCAGAAGGGUUCCGAGGCUGCGACCUCAGAAACGGCUCAAACCACAGAGGAUGCCCCUCGUGGUGUACGUCGUACAACGCGAGCUCGAAAGCCAUCACAUCCUCCGGCGGAUGUCUUCGGCACUAUAACUGCGGUCGAAGCCCCUCAGCCUCGUCGAAGAACACGUGCUGCCAUUGACUCUGGUGCCUUUUCUGGCAUGUCUGCGCUCUCCCUAAGGUCUCUCACAUCGGCAAACACGCAACGCAACCAGAACUACGUAGUCAGGCUGGAGACGGAGGUUGUCAGAGUAGAGGGCAAGAGACCUGAUAGCCCUACAACCAAAGUACGGACGGUGUUGGAGCGUCAAAAGGCAGACAGGAUUUUGCAAAGGCAAGAACGUGCAGAAAGGCGAGCCAAACGUACCGCUGAAGGUCAAGCCGACGUGACAGCCGAAAGUGUUGACUUUGAUGAGGGAGAUGUCAGUACUGUCAGUGCUGAGCCGGACUCGAAUGGCGUGAUUCUGAAGUAUCGGAGGGGACCAGGCGAAGAUGAGGACUACGAAACCCCGCCUCGACCGGACAGGCCUGUCAAGCGUGGUCGCUUCGAAGAGGAAGAUGUGCAGAAGAAAGAGGAGGAUGCGUUAAAGGACGAGAAGCGUGUGAAGUGGGAUCGAGGCUUGGCUACCACAGUAUAUCUACGUGAGACACCACCCAAACCUGCGCGAACGCAUAGGGAGGAGACUGCGAAGCCAGGAUGUUUGGCUCCGACCGCCAAAACGCUUCGCUUAGAUCAUUUGGGCAAUGUGUUGCAUGUGGAUGCCCCCCUACCAGGUCUCGUCCAGGAAAAGAUCACUGUGAAGAAGUUUGUAUAUGAUGACGAUGUGGACCCAGAGCCAACGCCGGCGCCGGCGAAAUCUACCAGGAGCAAGAGCAGGAAGGCGAAGGCUUGAGCUCUGCUUAUCACGAUCAUUUCACUAUUAUUAAUUUCUUGCAUUGCUGCCACGUACUUUGCUGAUGUUCUUGUACAUUUUGAUUUAUUCCUCAGUAAGCCAUCUACGUUGUUGUAUGUGACGGGUAAUAUACAACGUAAUGUACAAUCACAAAUCGUUUCUUGUCAUUCCCUUCCUGACACUACUUUCCACCUCGGUAGUUAAUCGUCGGUGAAGCUUGGUUUACGGGAAGAAUGAAAAUCUCGGCCAGGUUCACAUGUGGGGGUCGUGACGCAGCCCAUACGAUUUCCUCAGCAAUGUCCUCGGCGACCACUGAAAGCAGUCAUCAGCGUCAAGCCCUGUUUCAGAAACGCAAGGACAGGACUUACAGGGUUUAAUUCCCUCGUAAACCUUGUCAGCCUUGGAUUUGUCGCCGCGGAAGCGGACAACGGAGAAUUCAGUCUCGACC